AUGGAAGAAAGCCAAGAAUCCAACUUUUCCCUAUCCAAAUAUGAUGGCACCGAAGAUGGGUCGUUGAGCCAAUACAUGUCAAUAAAUGAUUGUGAGCGGGAAAUUCAAAUGUUGGAGAGAGACAUUCGGCAGCAGAAAGAGUCCAGUGCCAACGCAAAGACGUCGAUAACGUUCGACCAGCUGCGCAAAAUUCACUCAGCAUCAUUGAAAAAUCGGUUGAAAUCGAAUAUAAAUAAAUUCGAGCCGAGCACUCCUUUAUCCUUCACUCAAGCCACUUUUGACUCUUCUCAAAAUUCCUUAUCGGCAUCUGAAAGUCAAAGUUUUGUGGUGACGCCAACGACACUACAUAACCUCUUCAACCACCAGAGAAAAAACCAAAUAGAAAUGUUGGCUCCAUUGGCAUCCGAAGAGGAACUGAUGAGAUUUCCAGCUGAACGACAAUUCGAUUUAAUGCAAAUUGGAUUUAGUUAUGAUGAAGUCAAGCAGCUACUUGAAAUGUUUGAUAAGUAUAAAAAUGAUGUGCAAGAGAUGAGCAGACAUUCGUCUUUGACACAGGUCCUCAACCAAUUCUGCAACUACAUCUCAAUGUACGCUCCACCGAACUUGAAACUAAUUUCUUUGGCGUUUAAUUUAUUGGAGUUGGGAAAUUCAGCAAAUGAAGUAAAGAGAGUUUUGCUGAAAGCGCGACGUCGUGAAGAAUCUGAAGAAUCUGAUUUGGCUCCAUUCGCCAAAAAAAUGUGUAACCUUGAAUCGGAGUCUUCUCCAAAUCGAGAUGAGCUUCUUUUGGGCCUAGAUCGCUCCCCGCCCAGUGAUGAUGGCACACAGAAAAUGUGA